AUGGCCACGCUCACCGAGGACGAAAUCGCGCCAUCUGCCAUCGCGGCGGAGCGGGAGAGACUGCAAGAAGCGACGCGGCACGUCGCAGAGCUUGAAGGGCGACUUGAUGCUAUACAGAGAGAGCUGGAGGCAGCUCGCACCCGGCGGGAGAAGCUGCUCUUGAGUGUGCAAUGGCGAGAACUCAUGGCAGCCGUGAAUGCUGAUGAAGACGUGUACGCCGUGGCGGAGCGGAUGAUGGACGCCUUCGCUGCGUUUCGUGAGUCCCUCGUGGAGCCGGAGAACUACCUACAAGAGCAGAGAGACGAGGUGCUGAGCGAAGAGGACAUCGUGCCGUACAGCGACACGGACGACUACGCCGACUUUAGCGGAGUGGAAACAGUGGUAGAGGAGCUGCUGGCAGCCAUCAAGGAACAGCUAGAGUCGCACGCGACGGCGCCACUGCCGUCGUUCCGGCAGAGCAGUCGCAGCGCAUUGUAUGGAUCAUGUGCAUCAGAUGAAACGUCCAACCGGCCGGAUGGUGAAUCGGCGGAGGCGCACGAAGUGAACGCUGAUGCACGGCGCCAAGCACUUCUGAAGCUGCUCGUUAUAACAGUACUGAUGGGCAGAGUGGAGCAGUAUUGCAUGUUCAAGUCCAUCACAGACACCAGCAGCGUACCGCAGUCAGACGCAGAGGAGAUGCGGGACGGUGUGGCUUCGGUUUGGCAGUGGCUUUUCCACGAGCAGCCAGGGGUGCUGACGGCGGAAGAGGUCGCAGAGUGGAUGCACAUUGCGGGGGCCUUUCUCGGGGAUAGCUACACCGUGGCACCGUAG